AUGUUCGGGUCCCCUCCGCCAGGUGGGCGUGUCUCCGUGCCCGGCCGCAGGGUGAAGAAGCCGUAUGCCGAGGAGUGCAUCAGUAACCUCCUGCCUCGCCUGGAGGAGAAGCCUGUCAAACCUCCCAGGUAUAUAUCCACAUAUAGACCAUUCGUGAAGUGUGAAGCAGAGAAAAAUAAAGCUCAGUGGAAAACUAUGGGACCAGCAAAAGUUGCAGUGCCAUCUCCAAAAAAUUUUCUGCAGAAACAUUCAAAGGAACCCAAGCUACCAGCAAGAAAAAAAGAACAGAAUCGUACGAAAUUGCCUGAAUUAUCAGUGCCACGGAGGACAGAUCGCCCAGUUAUGGGAAUUCAGAGUAAAAAGAAUUUUAUAAACACAAAUGCAGUUGCUGUUAUCACAGGGCUGCCUAAAAAGCCUCAACCUAUUUAUGUUGAUAGAAGACAGGGAGAUAAAUAUCUGCUUGAAACUUCAGGACUUCUUCCAAAAUACAUUAAGAAAAAGGAUUAUGGUGUUACACCAAAAUACGUAACACGGAGAAAUGAAGAAAGGGAGAGAGCUCAGAAAGAGUAUGAGGCCAGUAUCUUGGAGAAUCUCAGGAAAAAAGCCAUGAAACGGCUAACUGAUGAAGAAAGGAAAAGUCUUCUGCAGGGGCUGAAAAAGAACUGGGAGGAAGUAUAUCAUGAAUUUCAGGGUCUUCCAGUAGAAAUGGACACCAUCCCCAAGAAGAUAAAUAAAGAAAAGCUGGAAAUACAGAUGAAGCAACUGGAGCAUGACAUAGAUGUAAUUGAGAAGCACAAAGUUAUCUACAUUGCAAAUGAGUAA